CUCAGUUUUAUCUGGAACUUUGCCGCCGUCAGUCAUUUCCAACUUCCAUGCGGCGUGUUUCGGGUUUAUUUUUCGUCUAGGUGUAAACAUUUCUAAUUAGUGUUGUGUUUGGUGCAGUAGUUCUUCCUUCCAAUCUUUGUUAUCAGUCGCGUAGUGCUAAUCGACUCUAUCUCAAGUGCGCUGGUACCGUAAAAGGUCUCCGUUCUUUUUUUGGCCAAUCACUUGUAUCAAUAAAUAAUUAGGGGCUAUCGCUCCGUGUUUAUUUCGAGACAUAAUUUAAUUCCAGAAAGCAGUGAGGCGGCACAUAAGAGCUCUCCGGUGCUCGGCAAACGACAAAACUAAUUUAUGGCAUUAAAAAUGCAUAUUUUCUAGCAGUGCGUCGACAGUUUUUAUCAUUUGCCAGAAAGGCAAAAGGCGCUAUCCACCAGCAGCUGUGCCAGAAAAGGAAGCUAGGAAGACACGUCGGUCGAGAAUUGGAUUUGACUGCGGAGGAUUUUGAAUCCGAGUCCGAAAGUUCUUUAGUCAGCAACCGAAGAAGCGUAGGAUAAUUCACAUUUUUCUCACGGCAACUGGCAACGAAAUGGCUUUCCUAUGUGCACCGGGUCUCACCUUCUUCCUCACCUACUCGAUUUUCUCGGCGGUGCUGGGCAUGCUGCAAUUCGGCUACAACACCGGCGUCAUCAACGCGCCCGAAAAGAAUAUCGAGAACUUCAUGAAGGACGUCUACAAGGACCGCUACGGCGAGGACAUCAGCGAGGAGUUCAUCCAGCAGCUCUACUCGGUGGCGGUAUCCAUUUUCGCCAUCGGCGGCAUGCUGGGCGGUUUCAGCGGAGGCUGGAUGGCCAACCGCUUUGGCAGAAAAGGCGGCCUACUGUUGAACAAUGUGCUCGGAAUUGCCGGCGCCUGUUUGAUGGGAUUUACCAAAGUUAGUCAUUCCUAUGAAAUGUUAUUCCUUGGCCGAUUUAUAAUUGGUGUUAAUUGCGGCCUCAACACUUCGCUGGUGCCCAUGUACAUCUCGGAGAUAGCGCCACUGAAUCUGCGCGGUGGCUUAGGAACUGUUAAUCAAUUGGCUGUGACUGUAGGUUUACUAUUAUCCCAAGUGCUGGGCAUCGAGCAAAUCCUCGGCACCAACGAGGGCUGGCCCAUCCUCCUGGGCCUGGCCAUCUGCCCGGCGAUCCUGCAGCUGAUCCUGCUGCCCGUCUGCCCGGAAUCGCCCAGAUAUCUGCUCAUUACCAAGCAGUGGGAGGAGGAGGCGCGAAAAGCCCUGCGCCGACUGCGAGCCUCUGGGUCCGUGGAGGAGGACAUCGAGGAGAUGCGGGCCGAGGAGCGCGCCCAGCAGUCCGAGAGCCACAUAUCGACCAUGGAGCUGAUAUGCUCGCCCACCCUGCGCCCUCCGCUGAUCAUCGGCAUCGUGAUGCAGCUGAGCCAGCAAUUCAGCGGCAUCAACGCCGUCUUCUACUAUUCCACGUCGCUGUUCAUGAGCUCGGGAUUGACUGAGGAGAGCGCCAAGUUCGCUACGAUAGGCAUCGGCGCCAUAAUGGUUGUUAUGACGCUCGUGUCCAUUCCGCUAAUGGAUCGCACGGGUCGCCGGACCCUGCAUCUCUAUGGUCUGGGCGGAAUGUUCAUCUUCUCAAUCUUCAUCACCAUUUCGUUCCUGAUCAAGGAAAUGAUCGACUGGAUGUCCUACCUCUCUGUGGUGGCCACUCUCGGAUUCGUCGUCUUCUUUGCGGUGGGACCCGGUUCGAUACCCUGGAUGAUUACCGCGGAGCUCUUCUCCCAGGGACCCCGGCCCAGUGCCAUGGCUAUUGCGGUGCUGGUCAACUGGAUGGCCAACUUUGUGGUCGGCAUUGGUUUCCCCAGCAUGAAGACUGCCCUGGAGAACUACACGUUCUUGCCGUUCAGCGUAUUCCUGGCCAUCUUCUGGAUAUUCACGUACAAGAAGGUGCCCGAGACGAAGAACAAGACGUUCGAGGAGAUCCUGGCCCUCUUCCGGCACAACAAUGGCAGGAGUAUGCUAAACUGCACAAAUAGCUUGGAGCCACAAAGUAUGAAUUCUGGCAUCGAGCAUGCCGCCUUGAUGGUAUCCGAGGAGAAGACCCAACAUGACUCACUGUUUGGUACGACCUCGUUUUCCCUGACGGUUGAAGGCAUGGGUCCCUAUCCGCUGAGCGAUAGCACCAAUCUCCUGGGUCCCGGAUCGAGCAGCUAUGGUCCGGGCGGAGUCCUCGGCCUGGCCGGUUCCGGCUCCGGAUUGGGUGGCCAGUGCUACACGAACUACGGCACCAAUCUGCAAACGCCGCAGGCGGCGAGAAAGUGCCACUACGACGAGGUCGACGACUACAGUUUCCGCCGGCACUCGGCGCACGGAAGGAUUACGCAAAUGAAGGGAAAACCACUGAUCUUGGGACCAACUAUAAAAAAAGACAAAAAAAAGGAGCGAACCGAUUGGCUAACUGCAUCCGAGCGAUUUUUAGAAGGCGGCCGAAGUACACACCAGGGCCGGAGCGCUGCCUCUGCGCCCCAUCACCCUCGUCAGCCUCCACCUGUCUGCCCGAGCAGCGGGCCUUGACUGAGGAGCGCCUCGCCUCCUGACUCUGCCAGUGUUCGUUCCACGAGUCGCGCUGAGGAGCCGCACCAGCCGCAGCAGGUGCACCAUCAACAGCAGCAGGUGCACCACCAACAGCAACAUCAGUCGCGCUAUGCCACACACGAAUACGUACACUGUAGCUAUGAGAAGGAAGUCGUAUGUGAUCAGGCCAAUCCCUCGCAAGCACCACCACAGCAGCCAGCACCACCAGUACAGCAGCACCAGCAACAGCCACCACCGCCAUUGCACCACUGCCAGCAGCGUAAGCACAGCCAUAGUCCGCACCACAGUCGCCACACCUCGCCGCACUCGCACCAUCACCAUUCGCACCACAGUCGCCACAGUCGGAGGAGUCGUCGCCAGGGUAGCGGCAGUCUGCCGGGAGCGCAUCAGGGCUCGGCCAACCACUCGGUGAUGCGACCUUCGAUAUGCACCAGUCGUCGGCAUCGCUCCGUUACGGACAUAUCCACGACGAAUGUAUGCCAGGAUCCCGCCUGUUCGGAUCGGGAGGUUCAGGAGAUUAUGGUAAGACGUACCUGCUGCAACACCACUGCCACCAACAGCUCCUCCCGCACCGAACUGGCCCAGUGUUUCGCCGAAGACCUCUACGGCUCAUCCCGACGACCGAGUAGCUGUUGCACCAGCUCCGACUACUGCUACCAGACAGACUCGACGAGUCUGUAUGGCUCUAGGUCAUCGUUGAGUCGCAACAAUUCCAUCAAGUCUGCCUCGGCUCUAGUGCGUAAGCACCACAGGAGUCAGAGGAGCCUGCUGCCCGAGCAUCGCCACCCCAGCUACACUUCCAUAUCGCUGAGGGGCUUAAACGCCAGCCGCCCGAAUAGCCAAUUGGGUUCGCUGACUUCGAUCUUUGACCGCGCCAAGAACAUGGCGCCCGAGGGAUCCACACUGGAGCGUCAGAGUUCGAAAGGCGCCUUGGGCAGCAGCGAGCUGCCGGAGUACGCCUGCUCCCCGUCACCGAUUCGCUGGAGCUUCCUGGCCGAUGGUAGAUCUCCUUCCGAAAUGGAGGGAGCAGUCGGCGGAGGUCCUGAGAGGGAACAGGAGGAGGAGGACAAGUUGGACGCCUGGCAAGUGCCCGAGCCGGAGCCGGAAAAGAAGCCCUGCCGGAAGAUUACCACAAGCUCCUCCGUUUACGACGAGGGGCCGAGCACCUCGGCAGCAGCUGCUCGGAAGCGGCGGGGCAGCAAGGGAAGUCGCGGAAGCAAGGGCAGUGGCAGUUACCAUUGUGAGUUCGAGGAUGAGGCCACCACCACUGUGAUGUUCCAUCAGGAUGCCGGCGAGGCGUACAACAAUUGCUGCAGCAAUAACUACAACUACAUACAGUGCAACACGUACUUGGAUCAGGAUCUGCAGAUCACCAGCGAGGACAUCCACCAGUAUCUGUCCAAGGGCGAUGCCACAGCCAGUGACAUUCUGAACAACUCCAAAAACUAUCCCUUCCAGCCCUCGAACGCCCUAGAGUUUCAGUACAAGAACAAUUUCCAGCAGGGUCAAGCGAACGCCAAUAACAAUAAUACCAACACCACAAACACAGCGUCCAGCGAUGCUGCCGAGUGUUUCCAAAACUACAGGGCCAUCUCGAAGGAGACGAACCUGAACCAGACUUCAACGGAACAGCUCUCGCCCACAAACAUCAAUUUGUCAACGAGCUCGAACAACAUAAACAUCGUGUUCAGCAGCAGCUUGGAACGGAAUGCCAACGAGGUCAAGUUUAUCAAUAACAGAAGUGGUGCAAGCGGUGGUUCCGAGAUGGGCUGUGAGGUGGGUCACCAUGCGGGCUAUUUGCCCUACACCUAUCCCAGCUACGAUUACACGAACAUGUCGGGAAACUCGCAUUUCGAGAAGCCCCUGGGCAUAGACGAGCUACCCAAGGAGUUUUGCGGAUUGGAGGGCGCUGGAGGCGGUGGCGCCUCCACCACCAGUGAGCACUCCUCGUCGCUGCCAUCGCCGCAACCACUGACGCACCACCAGCAGCUGCACCACUUCGAGUCCUUCGAUGCCGCCUCCGAACACAAUUUGCUAGCUGCCCAACCUAUGUCGCCGGGCUCCCCGCUGUCGGGGUCCGUGAACCCUGCUGGCGAUGACUUUGUCCAGAUGCACCACUAUCAUCACGCCAACUCACCGCACUCACAAUCGCACCACAGCCACGCCCACACGCACACCCACGGCCACCACGUGCACCACCUGCUAAACCACCCCGCCUACGAUCUGACCGACGAUCAGUUCCGGUUGGGAUCGGCUUUGAAGCGAGUGCGCAAGCGAGCACGCAAGUACACCGACUUCCUGCGCAAGAAGUGAGCGAUUCCGCGGACUCACUGCAUCCUGAAUCCUGCAUCCUCCCCUAGAUUCACCCUACUUCGGCCGCAAAUACCUGGUGGUCUCGAAGCGACGAUCGCAGAGCCUGGACGAAGACUAAUCAUGUGGCGACUGGACAAGCAAUAGCCGAGGAAGCAGCGGUGUUGUUCGGCCGAUCGAGAACCAUAAUUACAUUUAAUUACAAUUUUUACACUGCCAAAAAGUUAAGUAAAUUAAAGUUAAUUUUUGCUAAGCCAAAACUCUGUUUAAAGCGAGGAUCACACAGAUCAGACACGAGCACUACGGAAAGGGUGGAUUUACGAGGGUGGUAAAAUUCGGGUUCUUGAAGUUAUAUAGGUUAUUGUCCGUACAAUCUUGGAGAACUUGUAUAUAGUUUUACCUUCCAGAAAUUCACUCGCCCUAAUGCACAAACAAGCCACACACACGAAUCACAUCAGCUGCAAACACAAGAGGAAGAUGAACAACGACUAUUUUAAAUAAUGAAAGGAAGUACUUAAGCUAACAGUGCGUAUACAUAAUAAAUACAAGCGGUAUCAGAGGCGGGCAUUUGUAUAUUCAACUUAAACAUAAGCGAAGGUUUUGAAUUUGCAUAUUUAAAUUGACUAAACCCAUAUACAUAGUUAAGAGCCAAGGCAAAUGGAAAUAAUAAUGCACACCUACUCAAGCCUAGAAGAUAGACAACCAAUCUAAACAUACCAGUUAAAGCUAGCUAUAAGGAUGCGAUCAGAUGGAUCAGAUGGAUCAGAUCGGAGCAGCGCCACAAGAUUUAGAGUUUCAGCAACCGCAACUGCAAACGCAAGUGCAACUAAAUAAUGAAAUUAACCAUUAAUUAACAAACAAAACAAGCAAGACAAGAACAGCAACUGUAGUUUGGCACACUAAGGACAACAAGUUAAAUGUUAUAAAAACGAGUGUUAAGAUUACACGAAAAAGUGAGAGUUUUGUUAGCAUUUAUUUGAUAUGCGCGUAUUUUCAGGGACUGCUUGCGAUUUUUGUAAUAAAGCAAUAAGCCGUUUUGCUCAAGGAUUAAAUACGUUUUCGUUUCACCCAGAGCCCCACAAUUCUUUUGAUUUUUUCUGCAUUUCCGCAUAAUUCCUUUCAAGUGUAUUAUCCCCCAACAACUGUCUUCCAAUUAUACUUUCUAGUCGUAUCUCUCGUCGUAGCCUCAGUUGCUCCCAAAAAUAAAUGUAAACUAAGCACUCCAACUUAUUUUAAUGGCCGUUGAAUCAGACGUACCUUGCGUGAGAACAAAGAAAACCGAGAAAAUUGUAAAUAACUGCUGUUGAUUAAUUACUAACCUAAUUUACGAGUAACAACUAAAUGAACUUAAUUUGUAGUCUUUAGCCGUGGCGAAUCAUUAUGAAUUAGUGAACCGAAAAUAAUAAAUAUAAAUGCACUGCCAAAAACAAAGGUUUUAAGUAAAAGAACAACAAGAACAAGAUCCUCUGGGAGACUCAAACGAAAAAGAAAAAAAAACACUAAAGGAUCAAGUUCACAAAACCAAAUCGAAAAUGAAAACUGCUGUAAAUAUAAGAAUGAAUACAUAUAGAGAAAUCAUAGACAUUUUUUAAAGGCACAUUAAUUAAAGAGGAGCAUGCAAUUUGCAGAUUUUUUACAUUAUUUUAAUGAACUAAGGAAAACAAUAAUGAGUUAAACGGAGCUACGAAACCGAAAAACCAACAAAAAAUUAAAACGCCACGCGGCCGUGCGAUUUUGUAACAAAAUCAAAAGACAGAAUGUUAACAUUGCGUAAAGUUAAAUCAAGUAUAAAAAUCGAAAACGAAUAAAAAAAACAGGCACCUCAAAAUGGCGUAAAAGGUGCGUGAACUCGGCACCGGAAACGGAAACUGACUGGUCUUAAGUUGUGUGCACCAUUCGAACUGUAAAUAACAGAUUCUGAUCUGCCGAAACAAUUAGCCCUAGAAUGCAACCCGAAAAUCCCCAAAACAACGGACCGAGUUAAAGACAUUAUCCGCUAAUAGGAAAACCACUACUAUGGGAGAGGCACUACUAAAACCGAGGCAAAUCCCUUUAAAGUUCACGUAGCAAGGACACAAACUUACCAGUUAGCCCAAAAACCCUCGAAUCGAUGAGAUUUCGAGCCACGAUAAUCACACACAAAACCGAACAGAAGUUAAAGCCAGCGGCAAGAAUUAGUAAGAUGCCGAUUGAAAAUAUAGCUGAAUUAACACAAUUAACAAUGGCAUUAUACCCUAGCGACUUUUUUUUACCUGUUUGUACUUUAGUUUGUGGUUCGGAUAUGUUCUAGCAUUUGUCAUAGCCACUUAUAGUUGUGUACAUAACUAGUUAAAAUUGUGCAUACAGAACGGUUAUCUUAAGUAUAUAAAUACACGCAACGGUGAAUAUUAGCAAGACCCUGAAGAAACACUCAAACUAUACAGACUUGCCAGCCAGAUUCGCAUUCCGACACACUGAGAAUAUUCGGAGGUGGAAGUGGGAGUAACGCGGAAUAAUAAUUACAUUAUUAAUAUACAACAAUAAACUUGAACCUAGGUAUAUGAUUCUGAAUUUAAAUAAUUUUUAGUAAGGCAGAGCAAAGAAACGAGAAGCAAAUGCAAAACGGAAACUCUAAACACUUGAAUGAAAUUAAAAGACAACUUAUUAAAAAUACAAAUAAAAAUUGAUGAAUUAAGUAAAGUAAAUUGCUCAAUUUAGCUGAGAGUAUAAAUAAAGAAUUAUACGUUAAGUAAUAAUUUCAAAAUAC